CUGCUUCAGGAACUCCAACACCUCCAGGACCUGGUCCAGGACUUCCAGGACCUGCUCCAGGCUGAGUGCUGCACAGCUGAAAGUGAUCCUGUGAUCAGCAGCUUCAGAGACUUGUUCACUUACUCCUUAAGAACAGCUUCUUGUUUAUUUGUUUGUUUGUAUGUUUGUUUGUUGUCUUCAGGCUGUUUGAACAUCUCCACCAUCACACUGACAGAUUAAAGACUUGUGAACAUUUAAAGAGAGAAAACAAUCAAGCAGUUUGUGUCUGAAGCUGCAGAGGUCAAACGUCACAUCACAGACAUCACAGUAGAGCUCAUCAAUAGAGUGAUUAGAAUAUUUAAUGUAUAAAUACAAUAAUAAAAAUAAUAAUAAUAAAAUUAAAAAAAUACAUGUAUAUGAGCUGAAGUUCGGCCUCCGUCCUGCAGGGGAAGCUGCUCAUAGCGCUGCAGGACACAGCUCUGCUGCACGUGCGCACCGGAUGUAAACAAAGCGGCAUGGCGCGGAGCGGAUCAGACGGCAGCGGAGCGAUCAGCGAUCAAUAACUUCAUCUAGAUCAAUAACCCAUCACUGAUCGAUCAAUAACUUCAUCUAGAUCUAUAAUCCAUCAUCUGAUCGAUCAAUAACUUCAUCUAGAUCUAUAAUCCAUCGUCUGAUCGGUUUAUUGUCUCAUGGAGUCUGUGAAGGAACGACUGGCAGAGUUUUCAACGGAGGCUCACGACCUGUACCCGAGUCGGGUCGUGCCGUACCUGGACGAGCCUCCUGAGCCGCUACAGUUCUACAGGACGUGGGUGGCUCCAAACCGCCCCUGCAUCAUCAGGAACGCCUGCAGCCAUUGGCCGGCUCUGAGCCGCUGGACCCCGCAAUACUUGAGGGAGAAGGUGGGGUCAAAGGUCAUCAGCGUGGCGGUGACACCAAACGGAUACGCUGACGCCGUCAACGGUGAUCGCUUUGUGAUGCCUGAGGAGCGCCGCAUGAGCUUCUCCACUGUGCUGGACAUCAUUGAGGGGAAGGUGCAGCAGUCUGGUGUGUGUUACAUCCAAAAGCAGUGCUCUAACCUGGUGUGUGAGCUGUCGGAGCUGCUGGAUGACGUCGAGUCUCACGUCUCCUGGAUGAGCUCGGCGCUUGGCAAGUUACCGGACGCGGUGAACUUUUGGCUUGGAGAGGCGAGCGCCGUGACGUCCAUGCACAAGGAUCACUAUGAGAAUCUGUACUGUGUGAUCUCUGGAGAGAAGAACUUCCUGCUGCUGCCGCCCACAGACCGGCCCUUCAUCCCCUACGGUGUGUACCAGCCAGCGGUGUACCGGCAGCGGGACGACGGAGAGUUCGAGGUCGUGGACCAAAGCGACUCUGAGAAGGUCCCGUGGAUCCCUCUGGAUCCUCUGGACCCGGACCUGGACCGGUUCCCUCAGUACCGCAAGGUCCAGCCGAUCCGCGUCACCGUGAAGGCCGGAGAGAUGCUCUACCUGCCGUCCCUCUGGUUCCACCACGUCACACAGACACAUGGCUGCAUCGCAGUGAACUUCUGGUACGACAUGGAGUACGACAUCAAGUACAACUACUUCCAGCUGCUGGAGACGCUGACCGAGGUCACGGCGUCAUCGUGACAUCACAGCGUGACAACACGUUGCAAGCGGUUUCUGCAUCAUGAGUAAAUAAAGUGAAUUAAAAAUAAACUUAUGAAGCAACUGAACAACAAAAGUCUGUUUGAUUUCAUUCAGAUUAAAGAAUGAGACUUUAAAAGUAAAAUAAUUAAAAUAGAAAUCCAGUUUU